CGUUUGUAUCCACUGAACACAAAUAAUGUCAUAUAAAAAAGUAUAUUUCGUGACCAUUUCCUCUCCACUUGAAAAAAGAAGUCAAGACUUGCUGUGUAUCCUUAAUUUCUAUUUACGCGUCUUUACCUUUUUGUGUCUUCUUCAGAUCUGCAAGAUUAGUAAUCCUCUUCUUCUUGCUGCUUACGAUGAUGGCUUCUUCUUCUUCUUUUUCUUCUUAUUCAUCUAUGGAUCUCAUUAGGUUAUAUCACGUUUUCCUGAGCUUCCGUGGUGAAGACGUUCGCAAAGGCUUUCUUAGUCACGUUCUGAAAGAGUUCCAAAGCAAGGGAAUCAUUGUUUUCAUUGAUAACGGGAUCAAGCGAGGCGAGUCUGUCGGUCCUGUGCUUGUAGGAGCGAUCAGACAUUCAAGGGUUGCCGUUGUAUUGCUCUCCCGUAACUAUGCUUCUUCAAGCUGGUGUCUGAAUGAGUUAGUGGAAAUCAUGAAGUGCAGGGAAGAGGUUGGUCAAACAGUGAUGACCAUUUUCUACCAAGUGGAUCCAUCUGAUGUUAUGAAGCAGACCGGUGAUUUCGGAAAGGCCUUUGACAUAACCUGUAAGGGGAAAACAGAAGAGUUGAAGAAAGCAUGGAGGCAAGCUUUGCAAAAUGUCGCUGGUAUAGCUGGUUACCACUCUAGCAACUGUGGCAAUGAAGCUGAUCUGAUCAAUAAAGUCGCCUCAGAUGUUAUGGUUGUGUUGGGUUUUACACCAUCAAAAGAUUUUGAUGACUUUGUUGGCAUAAGAGCUCGUAUCACGGAGAUAAAAUCAAAGUUGAUAUUCCAGUCAGAGAAAGUUAAGGUGAUUGGGAUUUUUGGUCCUGCCGGGAUUGGGAAGACUACCACUGCCAGAGUUUUUUACAAUCAACUCUCUCCAUAUUUUCAAUUCAACACGUUUUUGGAGAAUAUCAAAGGGAGUUAUGAGAAGCCAUGUGGUAACGACUAUCAGUUGAAGUUGCGUUUGCAGAAAAACUUGUUGUGUCAAAUAUUCAACCAAAGUGACAUUGAGGUUCGUCACUUAAGAGGGGCUCAAGAAAUGCUGAGUGACAAAAAGGUGCUGGUUGUUCUUGAUGAAGUUGAUCACUGGUGGCAGCUAGAGGAAAUGGCAAAGCAGCCUGGAUGGGUUGGUCCCGGAAGUAUGAUUAUCAUUACAACAGAAGAUAGAAAACUUCUCAAGGCACUUGGACUCGGGAGCGAUCAUAUCUACAAGAUGAAAUUUCCAACUAGCGAUGAAUCUCUGCAGAUAUUCUGCCAAUAUGCUUUCGGUCAAAAGUCCCCAGAUGAUGGUUUUGAAAGUCUUGCUAGGGAAGUUACUUGGCUUGUUGGUAAUCUUCCUCUAGGCCUGAGAGUUAUGGGAUCAUAUCUACGGGGAAUGUCCAAGGACGAGUGGAUAGAGGCAUUACCAUGGCUAAGGUCUACCCUUGACAGAGAAAUUGAAUCAACUCUAAGGUUUAGCUACGACGCCUUGAGAGAUAAUGAAAAAACUCUUUUUCUGCAUGUAGCAUGUUUGUUUAGUGUUUUCUACGCUUCUAUAUUCAAAAGUUAUUUUGCAAACAGUAGUUUGGAAGUCAACCAUGGGCUUGAAGUCUUAGCUCAAAAAUCUCUUAUAACUAUAGACCACAAACACGGACGCGUAUACAUGCAUAGGUUAAUGGCACAAAUGGGUAGAGAAAUUGUCAAGAAACAGUCUACAGAGAAUCCUGGAAAGCGACAGUUCUUGACGGACACCAAGGACAUUUCUCAUGUACUUGAUGAAGAUACUGCUACUGGAAAUGUUCUUGGCAUACAUUUGGAUACAACGUGGACGGGCGAGGAAAUCCAAAUAAAUAAGAGCGCUUUCCAAGGGAUGAAUAAUCUUCAGUUUCUAUCACUCUUCUCUUACACCAUACACACACCCGAGGGCCUCGACUGUCUUCCCGACAAACUCAUAUCGCUACAUUGGUACAGCUGUCCAUUGAGAAUUUGGCCUUCCAAGUUCUCUGGCAAGUUUCUUGUUGACCUAGUCAUGCACAAUAGCAGAUUCGAGAUGCUUUGGGAGGGAAUUAAACCUCUCCCACGCCUCAAGAGGUUGGAUUUGAGUUUCUCUAGAAAUCUGAAAAAGCUUCCAGAUCUCUCAGAAGCAACGAGUCUCGAGGAAUUACGUCUUUAUAAGUGCAAAAGUUUGUUAGAGAUUACAAGCUCUAUUGGCAAUGCCACUAAGCUUUAUCGAUUGGAUAUAUCAGGGUGUGAAAAAAUCAAAGACUUCCCAAAUGUUCCUGACAGCAUCGUCGAGUUGAAUAUGAGCGAAACAGGGAUAAAGGAGGUUCCUCCAUGGAUUGAGAACCUACUUCGUCUGCGUGAACUACGUAUGCAUCUAUGUAAGAAGCUGAAAACUAUAUCGCCAAACAUUUCUAAGUUGGAGAAUCUUGAGUUUCUUGCUCUGAGUAACCACGCUUACCAUGCUUGUGAUGAUGAAGAUUAUACUAAGUAUGAAUAUGAAAAUGUUAUUGAAGCAUUAAUCGAGUGGGGGCCUGACUUUAAGCGCAGUUGGAUACUAGAAUCAGACUUCGAUGUUCACUACAUUUUGCCGAUAUGUCUACCCGAGAAGGCUUUUUUUACAUCUCCUAUAUCGUUACGUCUCUGCAGUAGUGGUAUCAAGACUAUUCCAGAUUGCACCAGAUAUCUCUCGGGACUACUUAAGCUUGACGUCAAAGAAUGCAGCGAGCUCGUAGCACUUCCACCGCUUCCACAUUCCCUUAUAUAUUUAGAUGCACAAGGUUGUGAAUCUUUGAAGACAAUAGACUCCUCCUCUUUUCAAAUUAAUCCAAACAUUUGCCUAAACUUUGCUAAGUGCUACCACUUGGAAAAAAAAGCUAGAAAGCUCAUCUAUACAUCAGCUUGCAAAUAUGCGAUCUUACCGGGUGAAGAAGUGCCUGCACACUUCACUCACCGAGCCAGUUCAGGUUCCUUAACGAUCAGUUUGACUCCAAGACCUCUUCCUUCAUCCUUCAGAUUCAAAGCUUGUAUCUUGCUGUCAAAGGUACAUGCUCAUCCUGGGGAUACCAGUGAUGACGAUUACAAUGAUGAAGAGAGUGAGAGUUCAUGGACGGGAACGUCUUGUUCCAUCAGGGGUAAACAGAAUGGCAUCACAGUCGGAGGUGGAUCAAACCAGCUCCGCAUGCCAGCUCUAUAUGGAAAUAAAGAGCAUCUGUAUAUAUUUGAAGAUUCUUUCUCUCUAAACCAGGAUUCCCCUGAAGCCGAAGAAACCACUUUGACCGAGCUUACUUUUGUGUUCAGAGUCGAUGAUGAAACCUGCAAGGUCGAAGCCUGCGGCUUACGACUCAUAGAGGCAAACAAUGAAAGUGCAGGUGGUGAGGAUGAAGAUGAAGAUGAUGAUGAUGAUGAUGGUGAAGGUGGUGAGGAUGAGGAUGACGAUCAUGGUGAGGAUGAUGAAGGAAACACAGAAGCAAACAAUGAAACUGAAGGAGAAGAAUCUAGAAGUGAUGAGGAUGAAGAAACAAGGAGCAGGAAACGAAUGAAGUUGAGCUCUACUAUAUUUUUGGAGUAACUAAAAGUUUCUUGCUCUCUGUAUUCAUUCAUGUACUUGCUCUUCUGGUGGUUUGUGUAAAUUUAAGUAAUGAUCUCCCUUUCAUGGUAAUUCCUUAUUCAUGUGCUGAGAUAACAUCUAAUUCACGGGAAAGAUCAAAGCUUUUUUCUCUA